AUGCCAAACGAAACAGCCAUAGUAAAUUCAAAUAACUGUUCAGCUUGGCAACAAUCCUCAUCAAUUAAUUCAAAUAUUACUACUAUAGAUACGCCACCAGAUUCAGGUGGUUUACCUCCAAAAGAUUGGCCAAGUCUUGUUGAGGCAUCGGAUGAACAAAUAAUUUCAUCACAACCAAAUACACCAAGGACACAUAAUAAAAAAGGGAAACAAAAAUGGUUACCAAUACCAUUUGAGAAUAAUGAAGGUAAUAAAACAACAACAACAAUAUCAUCAACUGAUUCUCCAAAUACUACAAAAGCAACAACGACAACAAAAGGAAAUCGUACGAGACGAAAUUCUCGUGGUGGUCGUGCAAAUAAUCGAAAUCGUACACGUAGUCUUGAUGGUACUAUUCCUAAACGAAAUCGAAAGAAUCGAAUAACACCAAGUGUUUAUAAUGCAUAUCAAGAUUAUUAUUCUUAUUAUUAUUAUGAUCAAGCAGGAAAUCCAGUAAAAUUAUAUCCAGAUAAACAGGGUAAACGAAAAAAGAAAUCUGAAGGAUCUGUUAAUAUCAAUCCAAUUGGAGAUGAAACAGGUAUUAAUAAUGCAACACAUGAUGUUCAUAAAUUUAUAUUUGAUGAUGAAACUGUCGUUAUUGAUGAUUGUUCAUUUGUAUUACCAUAUAUUGAAAGUGGUUACUAUUAUGAACCUACAACUCCACCAACAGAUAUAGAUAUAUCUUUUACUAAUAUGGCUGAGUAUGUAACUCCAAUUGUACCUGCUUAUACUGAACAACAAUUAAAGGAGCUUCUUCGACGUCAAGUUGAAUAUUAUUUUAGUCCAGAAAAUCUUCAAGUAGAUAUAUUUCUUCGACGACAAAUGACUAAAGAUGGUUAUGUACCACUUUCAUUAAUUGCUAGUUUUAAUCGUGUUCGAUCAUUAUGUAAUGAUAUUCAUCUAAUUGCUAAUGCAGUUCAAGAUAGUCUUGUUGUUGAACUUAAUGAUAAAUGUAUGGUACGUUGUCGAAAUGAACCUGAUCGUUGGCCAUUGAUGAUUGAUGUAAACAAUCAUUUAACAGCAUUGAAUCCUGAUGUUCCAGAUUUUCAACCUGGAAAAAUUUGGAAGAAUGAAAAUCAUAAUAAUCAAACACCAUUAUUAGAGAAAGAAGAAACAAAAACUAACAUUGAUUGGAAUCAUAAAUCAACAAGACGUAAAAAACCAACAAAGAAAAAGGAAAAAAAAGAACAAUCUCAGGUUCAAUCAUCAGAACAAUCAUUAAAACAAGAUAAUCGUGAAGAAUUAGAGUUUAAAUUUGAUGAAGAAUUACCAAAUAAACAAAUAAAUUUACCUUUAUUUUGUUCACAAAAUCGACGUCGAACAACAUCAUUAACACUUGAUCUAUAUGAAGAACAUAAAACUGAUGAAUCAGAUUUUGAAUUAGAUGAUGAUGAUAUUGAUAAAAUUCUUAUUAUAACACCAACACCCCCAUCAAAUCGUAAACAUAAUCAACAAAAUCAUGAUCGUACAGGUGAUUAUACACCAAGAGCUAAAGUAUCAGCUGAAGUAGCAAAAAUUAUCGAUGAUGGUUUAAGAUGGUAUGAAGAAGAAUUAUGGCAUGAUCGACCACAACCAUCAAUUGAAAAAACAUUAACUAUAAUAAGUCAAGAAGAUAUGAAUGCAACACGCAAUCAAUCACAAACAAAUACUGAAAAGAAAACCAGUGAUAAUGAUGAUGAAGUCAAAGAUCAAAAUAUUCAAACACAAACUAAGAAAGAAAAUAAUCAAUCAAAUGUGACUAAUGAAAAUCAAUGUCGUAGUCCAGCUAUUACUAUUAUUCGUUCCAAUAAUUGUCUACCACUACAAGUUGAACCAUUCUAUCGUCCUAAACAUUUACCUAAUAAUAAUCAACAAAAUCUUUCAUCUUCACCAACAAAUGAUUUUAUAUCUCAAUCAUUACCAAAUAAUCUUCGAAAAUUAAAGGAGAAUAAUUCUGAUAUUUCAAAUAUCAAUACAAAUAAUAAACAACAAACAUCUCAUACACAUACAGAAGACCCACGAACACCGCAUUCACGUGCAAAACAUGUUGCUCGAUUUUAUCCAGUUACUAAAGAUGCACCUGUUGUUAAACCAGAUACACCUGGUCUUAAACGUAAAACACGUCAUAGUGAACAUCCACCAAUAGAAAGUUCAGUUGGUUGGGUUUUUGAUUCACGCGGUCAUCCAACUACAAAACAACGAAGCAAUACAGUAACUAGUACUACAACUCGACAACAAGAUUUCUAUGAUCAAUAUUCAUCAUCAUACAAUGAUUCACAUUAUUGGCAUGGAAAUAAUUCAAAUUCAUAUGAUUUUUAUGGUUCAACACCGGUGGAAAUUCCUCAAUUUCAACAUCCAUCUCAUACACUUUUACAACAAAAUGGUUUUACUCAACAAGUUUAUCUUAAAUAUAAACAAGAAUGUUUUGAUGAACGUGCUAAAUGUGGUCCUGGUCAAUCAAUGGAAAUGAAUACACUCUAUCGUUUUUGGUCAUUUUUUUUACGUGAAAAUUUUAAUCGUCAUAUGUACAAUGAAUUUAAACAAUAUGCUGUUGAAGAUGCUAAAACUGGUCAUCGAUAUGGUGUUGAAUGUUUAUUUCGAUUUUAUACAUAUGGUCUAGAAAAACAUUUUCGUCAACAUUUAUUUGAAGAUUUUCAACAAGAAACUCUUCGUGAUCAUGAAGCUGGUCAAUUGUAUGGUUUAGAAAAAUUCUGGGCAUUUUUAAAAUAUUCUCGACAAAAACCAAAAAUUAAUCCAAAACUUGAAGAAAUUUUAAAAAAUUAUAAAAAACUUGAAGAUUUUCGUGUUGAUGGUGCAUCAUUUCCACAACAAUUUUUUCCAACAAAAUCAGGAAUUAUAACUGUUCCAGCACCCGAAGCAAUUGCUGCUGCAGCAGCAAAGAACAGUGAUAUAUCAAAUUCAUUAAAAACUAGUGGUGAAUAUUUUCCGACACGUAAUAAUCGUGGUCAAGGUCGACAAUCGAAUCGACGAACAAUAUCUGAACGGUGCUAA